GCAAUCAGGGAGAGAAGGCAGCCUAUCAAGGGCCUGAUCCGCUCACCGCCGCCGCGCGGGGACCUCGUCGCUGUCGCGGGGGACGCCCAGGUACCUGACCUUGUCACGGUACCCCGGAGACCCUUGCCGCGCGCGCGCAAGGCAGCCCAGAGGCAGCCCGCUGCAAGGGCGUCAAGUGACCAUGUCGUCCGCCGUGACCGUCGUCUCCAUGUCCGACAGCGGCGACAUGGACGCGCCCAAGUACAAGUCCCCGCGGCCCGACGCGGCGCCCCCGACGAGUAUCAAACCCGACGCGGACGUCGCCGCGCGGUUCCGCGCCGCGGCCUCCGCGGCGCGGCGCCGGUCGCAUCGGGGCGACGCCGCGCACCGCGUCGUCAAGGCGCCGCCGCCGCCCGCGGCGGUGCCGGUGACGCCGACGCGCCGGACGACGUGGCGCCGCAAGGCCAAGCCGUCGACGUACGACGACGCGCCGUCUCGGAACGUCGUCCACCCCGUGACGCCGCCGGCGAGCCCGCCCAAGGCGCCGCCGCCCGCUCUGGAACUGCCGCCGCCGCUCUUCCUCCCGCCCGAACCGCCCACGAAGGCCGACGACGACUACUGGGGCCACUUCCUCGACCUCGACCCGGCCGAGGAGCAGGACUCCUACUGGUUCUCGCACACGCGCGCGGCCGUCACCCAGUGACAUCGCGCCCAAUUCCUACCGCCUCCCGACCGCGACGCACCCGCCUCGCGACCGCCCAGCUUAAUUGUAUUUUGUUCCCA